AUGGAAGCAACUCUUAGAAUUGGUGUACUCUCAGCUAGAGAGUUAGCAGCAGCAGAUGGUUUUUCUGAUCCAUAUGCUGUUAUCCGUAUCGCAAACAAAAAAUACGAAACCGCAGUAGUCAAAAAAAAUUUAAAUCCGAUUUGGAAUACAACUUUUGACAUUAAACUAGUUGAAACUGUAGUCCCACCUCAUAUCACUAUAACAGUAUGGGAUAAAGAUCGGUUUGGUCGUGAUUUUCUAGGCGAAGUAACGAUUCCGAUUAAGCAAAUAUUUGCAAGAAAUGCUGGUGGUUUAAAUGAUGGUCUACCUAGAACUUUUGAUGAUCCAGAAAAUAUGCCUUCUGCUUAUACUUUACAAAAACGAAAUGCAAAACAAGAUGUUAAAGGUGAUAUCAUACUAAAAUUUGGUAUUGUUGAUAAUCAAAAUCGAUCAAGGGAGUCACAAAUUAUUUCUCCUGCAUCUUAUAAAUCUUGCAUUUUAUUUUCAAAUUUAAAAUUUAUUCAUGUAGUUAGAAUUUUAAUUCUUGGGUCUGUGGUAAUCUGUGUAGCAAUAUCUAUAAAUAGUAUGACAAGAUCGCCAAACAAACCAUAUUACUCUGCCAUCACACUUUGUAAAUUUGUUACACCAGAUUUAGUACAUUCUAAGGUUAUGGGUGUGGUACGAAAACAUGAGAUCUAUUAUGAAGAUGCCGCUGAAAUUUCAUAG